AUGUCUACUAGUCAAAAAAGAAUUGCAUUACCGGCAAGAGUUGAACCAAAAGUAUUUUUUGCUAAUGAAAGAACAUUUUUAUCAUGGUUAAAUUUUACAGUUAUAUUAGGAUCAUUGGGUGUUGGUUUAUUAAAUUUUGGUGAUUAUGUCGGUAGAAUAUCAGCUGGUUUAUUUACUUUCAUUGCAAUGUUAACAAUGUUAUAUGCAUUAGUAACUUAUCAUUGGAGAGCAAAAGCAAUUAGAUUAAGAGGAAGUGGACCAUAUGAUGAUAGAUUUGGACCAACAAUGUUAUGUUUCUUUUUACUUGUUGCUGUUAUUGUAAAUUUUAUAUUAAGAAUCAGAGCGUAA